CCCGCCGCUUUUUGCUGAACGGAUAUUCUCAGCUCGAUUCUCACCCAUUUGUUCGAGCUGCUUCUUCUGACCAAGUAUGCAGAGUCCUGUCAUCCUGGCUGGCUCAUCAAGAGGCCCUUCAGCAAAGAUCUCAUACUGGUCGCUCCCUUACAAAACACAACUUCUCAUUCUCAUGCUGGCCCGCUUCACUGACUCUCUAGCAACAUCUUCGAUCCACACAUACAUGUUCUUUCAACUUAAGCGUUUCAGUCCCGAUGCACCAACAGUAACAAUAUCGACACAGUGUGGCCUCUUAGUCGGAUGCAAGACCGGCGCACACGUCUGCACAGGGCUCGUGUGGGGACGACUGGCCGAUCAUGCUCUGGUCAGCCGAAAAACUGUGUUGGUGAUUGGGCUGCUAGCCUCAUGUGCUGCAUCUGUGGGCUACGGAUUUUCGACGACAUUUCAUCAGGCUGUCGCUUGGCAGAUACUGGAUGGUUCAUUGAAUGCAACGGUUGCAAUGGUGAGAUGCAUGACUGCAGAACUCAAUCCCGAGAAGAAUUAUCGUGUACGAGCUUUGACACUACUUCCCCUGUUCGCCAACGUUGGCUCGGUGCUAGGUCCAUUGAUAGGAGGGUUUUUGGCCUCUGCCAACGCGAAGCGCAGUAUCGUUCCCGGCUACCCCUAUGCUAUGCCAAAUGUGUGCAUUGCUAGCAUUCAGGCUCUAGUCGCAUUCACCGCAGUCUUCCACCUCACGGACACGUUUCAUCAUCAUGUGCUGGACCAUAGGAACGAUUCUGAGCCUCCAACGGCCACGAGAAACGCGAGGACUGCGAUUUUAUCCAAACCUCUAUCCGGCCAACAGAUCGAUGAGACCACCGCACUUCUCCAGAGUCCUUCUACCCGUAGCAUCAUCCAUCUUGUACCACCGAGUUCGUCCUGCCAGCCUCCUUCUCUACCUUUUACAAAGAUAUGGACUCCGAACGUCAUGAAAACCAUGAUCGCGCAGUUCAUCAUCUCUGGACAUUUGGGAACUUUUGCUACCCUCUGGGCUAUGUUUCUCAGCUUGCCAAUCGCAUCCUCGCGGGCGCAAAAUUUGCCGUUCCAAUUCUCAGGGGGGUUAGGAAUGCAACCUCGCCGCGUCGGCAUUGCGAUGUCUGCAUUCGGUUUCGCAGGUAUCAUCUUGCAGGUCCUCGUGUACCCAGGUUUCCAGGAAAGAUGGGGAACAAUUAAGGUUUGGAGAACAGCGCUUUGCCUUUUCCCUGUUGUAUACGUUGUCGCGCCAUUUUGCGCGCUCAUUCCUCUACUUGUGAAACAUAUGGACACAAAGAGCGUAAAUGUGUACCCAUUGGUUGAGUGGUCUGUAUUGUUGAGUGUUCUUCUUCUCUUUGCCGCCGGUCGAACGGGGGUUGUGCCUGCGACCAGUCUGUUGAUCAAUGACUGUACGCCUCAUCCCAGUGCGCGCGGGACUAUUCAUACCACAGGUGUGAUCUGCAGCAACCUCAGCAGAUCUAUCUUUCCUCCGCUAGCGCUGGCGGUAAUGGGUUCCGGGUUGAGAAUCGGUGUUGUUGGGUUAGGGUUUUGGUUUGUGGCGGCGUUAGCAGUGUUAAGCAUCCUAGCUAGUCUCACGGUUCAUGAAGGCACGAACGGAGAAUGAGCAUCAAGUGCCGCAUUCCCGACAACACUUUUCAACCAGGUAACCAGCGCUACGUCAUGUUAACAUCAUCCUGUUGUUCGAGGAGAUAGGUAGAAUAGAAACUUGGUUUUGAUUUGUAAGGAAGUACAUACAUAGUUAUGGAAUUGAAAUCCCCCGAUAAGUAGUGAAACCGAGU